GCAUAAACCAGUGACUACGUGGUUAUUAUUCUUUAAGCCCAGCUAGAGCAUAAAUACCUCUUUUCCCAGUGCUUACAGACGAAAUCCAGUAUCACCCGCCGAAUCCUAUCGUGGCCGUGCAUAGCAAGAUGGCAUCCGAGAAAUACCUAUCCCUGAUUGAAGAUACUACAGUCGACGCAGCCACCGUCAGCGACCUCUUCGACCAACUACCCCCGAUCAAGCCCUCUGAGCUCAUCGGCAGCUGGAGCGGCGGCUUCCUCGACACCGGGCACCCGGUCGGCGACAAGCUGGUUGAGAUUAAAUGGGUCGGCAAGGAAUUCGAGUCCCUCGACGAGGUGGACCCUGUUAUCGUGGAGCGCAACGGACAGAGAGCGAGCUGGGGGCAGUGGGGGAGGGCUUCUGUACGGGAAACAGUGUUCCGGGGCGUUCUCUCUGCCACGAUGAUAUACGACGACAGGCCUGUGUUCGACCACUUCCGCCGUGUCAAUGACCAGGUGCUUGCUGGCGUGAUGGAGGGCAAGGCGGUUGAGGGAGGGUGCUUUUACUUCUAUCUCACGCGGUAGUUUUAUUUACAAAAUAUGCAUUUGUCUAUGUACAGUUGUACGCCUUGU